CUGCUAUUCUCGGCGUUUUUGGAUAGGUUCCGAUACAUUUUCAAAAUAAGAGCUGCGACGACUGCGUUGUUGUGAACAAUUCAUACAGUGUACCUAGUAGUCUCAGUGCAGCGCAAGUACCGAGUGAGCGAGCUCCUUCUGACGUACACCCUGUCACCCCCUCGUUUCUCCAAAUCCAUCAUCCGUCUUUCAACUGAAGUCAUUGACUGAUCCCCCAAGACAAACACGCCACCAACGCAUCCACCUCAAUCCCUUCUCUGCAACGGCCCGGAUCAAUGACAGGUCGACUCAGACUCGCUGCUCUCACAAAACAGCUUUCAUCCGCCUCCCAAUACCUCUUCGGUACCUCCAAAAGAACUCUUGCCAGCAUGUCACAAACACCAUCCGCCGCCUGCUGCAACACCCCGGCUGUUGUGAGCAAAGGCUAUAAAGAGAAGGGGAACUGGAUCACCGUCGACGGGAUGAAGACAUACAUGACAGGGCCUUCCUCUGCAAGCCAAGGCAUUCUGGUCGUCUACGAUAUUUUUGGGUUCUUCCCUCAGACGCUGCAAGGCGCCGACAUCCUUGCACACGCCGAUAAGGAUCACCAGUAUCAGGUCUAUAUGCCGGACUUCUUCGAGGGCAGCCCGGCCGACAUUUCCUGGUACCCGCCAGACACAGAAGAGAAAGGGAAGAAAUUGGGCGAGUUUUUCCAGACCUCUGCUGCCCCUCCAAAGACAGUCGAGCGGGUCAAGAGGGUGAUGGAAGAGUUGAAGUCAAAGCAUCCCGAUAUCAAAAGUUGGGGAGUUGUUGGGUACUGCUGGGGUGGCAAGAUUGUAAACCUUGUAUCCGGACCCAACACAGUCUUUAAAGCAGCUGCAACCUGCCAUCCCGCCAUGGUCGACCCGAACGACGCACCCAACGUCACCAUCCCCAUGCUUAUGAUUCCUUCCAAGGACGAAGAUCAGGCCGCUGUCGACAAAUACGAGGCGAAUCUCAAGGUACCCCACCAUGUAGAAUGGUUCAAGGACCAAAUCCACGGGUUUAUGGCCGCGAGAGGUGACCUCGAGAAGGACGAUGUCAAGGCGGCCUACGAGAAGGCUUAUCAGCUUCUGUUGGAUUUCUUCCACAAGCAGCUCUGAGGUGUGGAAUCAUUAAGAGGCUCUGUCCGCAGAUUGAUCACGAAAUACAUAGCUGCAGAUUUAAUAGCAAACCCGGUAUGAAAAGAUUUAUCAGAUA